GUAGCGCAGUAUACCUAGAAUGCAGAACGUAUUAUAACCAUAAUCGGAGCCGCAUGGCAGCCCGCUAAUUAGAAUAUAGAAGCCCUUUUCAUUUAAUCGUACCUAGCUGCGAUCGCUUAUGCGCCAACUGUAUUCAAAGUUUUGCCACCGAAAGCUUUUACCUAUAGUUCUUACAGUGGGGUUAUUCAACUCACAACUGCCGGUCAGAGAAAAGGAGACUUUGUGACAGAUGACCAACAUGAUGACCACACUUCGGAUUUGCCAGGCCGUGUCUCUGAAUCCUAGAGCCAAUGGGCCGGAACCAGUACUGCCAUCGUCCUCCAGGAUUUGCCUGAUGGGCUGCCAGGAUGUGAAGCCCAAUGAGUUGCGUCGUUUCCCAGUCCACGACACCGAUCGCUGCAAUCAUUGGCUGCGUCACUUUGGAGUCAGUGAUAAACUGGUGGAUCAACUCGGCGGCCUCCAAAAGCUGCGCAUCUGCUCGAGACACUUCAGCCAACGCCAGGAGAUGGCCAAAACCCGCAUAAAGAUGACGCCGCUGCGCAAGUCGUCGUCCUCCAAGGGCAUAGUGCUACCCAUUAAUGGUGCAGGAGGGUCGACCAUUACAGGAGUAGGAGGAGGAGUCGCCGGAGGAGGAGGUGCAGGAACUGGGAGCGGUGCAGUCAAGUCGGCGGUGGCCGGCAGCACCACCAUUGAACUUGUUGAGAGCCCCAAUAGACACCAGGCCAAGAAGCCCGUCACCAACGUCAUGCCCAUGCCACAGCGUUCCCACUCCAUUAGCUCCUCGGCCUCCAGCGACGUACAGUCCAUAAACUCCGACUACGAAGCCUCGCUGCCACUGUCAGCCCUGGAGGAUUCGCAGAAUGGACUCAACCGCUUGGAGAACGGUCAGGCCAAGAAGAGGAAACUGUACGUGAUCACCGAGAAGUCGGAUGAGACCAAGGGUCAGGCUCUGGAGACAAAUGGACAGGCCAAGAAGCGUAAGAUGUUUGUGGUCGUGGAGCAGGAUAAGGAUGUGGCGGGCAAGAAACUGAUGAUUGUGGCCGACAAGCCGCAGGCCAAUCUUACCCAGCAUUUGGAGAAACUACUGCCCGAGUUAUUGAAUCGCAUACAGGACAAGGAACAGAAGCAGAUCAAACCAACACCAGUGGUGGCUAAAGCCAAGCCGGUGGUUAACAAUACCAGGCCACAUAUCACAUUGCCGCCCAAAAAGAAUCCAACUAACUUUGUAAAGAUCCCGUCCACGCCAAGUUCAGUGCCUUCAUCCAUCCAGAUGCCACUUCCCAUUCAGAAUGCCAAGCUCCUGAAGUCCGAGCAUUCGGAGGUGACACUGAAUUCAGAGGAGAUCGAAACGAACAUAAAUCUAUCGCCCGACUUCCGCUUCCUAAUGAAAAUCCUACCCAAGUUGGAACAACUGCCGGAGCCCCACAAGCAGAACGUGAAGCGUUCCAUCCAGAUCUUCGUGGAGAAAAGCUACAGUAUUUACGGCAACAAGGAUUAGUUGUCAGUAUUUUGGGCACACCAUUUACCAUUCAAUUCCCAUUUCGUGUGAAGCAGUUCCCAUUAUUUUUCGAAAGAAUCGUACAUAUACAUAUUUACAUCAAAGGCAUUUCAUAACUUUGUCUAAGACUGAAGCAGAACCAAUUUAAUUUGUAAGCCUAUUGUAAGAGCUGAAGCAGCUCCCCCUUUAGACACGUAAGCUUACUGAAAUUUGAUAUUACCCACCUGGAGUUGGGUAAGUUUUGUAAAAGUCGAGCCAUAAAACGAAUUAAGAUUGAAUUCCUUUCUAUAUUGAAUAUAUGAAAGCUUGAUUUAAGCCAGACACUAAAA